CUCUGGACUAUGGAGCUAUACAUAGGUGGACAAGUCCAGCGAGCAGGUAGCAAAGCGAGGAAAAGAUGUCAUCCUUUUUGCAGUCUUUUAUUGAUCCAAAGAAGAACUGGUUAGCAGCUCAGCACAUGAAAACCCUCUCUAAACGACUUCGUAAAUACGGGCUUCGCUACGAUGAUCUUUACGAUCAUCACUACGAUAUGGACAUUAAGGAGGCCCUGAAUCGGUUGCCGAAAGAGAUCGUCGACGCUCGUCACCAGCGUCUCAAGCGUGCCAUGGACCUUUCCAUGAAACACGAGUACCUUCCUGAAGAUCUUCAGGCUAUGCAAACACCCUUUAGGAGCUACCUUCAAGAGAUGCUGGCCCUUGUUAAGAAGGAGAAAGCAGAACGUGAGGCUUUGGGAGCAUUGCCUAUCUAUCAGCGCACAAUCCCUUAAGCAUCUUAUGUGUCAUGGUAGCUAUCACUAGAUGAUUGAAAUUUUAAAUGAUUGUCAAAAUUCAGUUUCUCAAUCAUUUGUGCCAGUGUUCCGUUUGAGUUUCUAAUUGGUUGUGAUAUACUGGCCUUUUUCCAAUAAAUAUGAACAACCAAAUUUAUGGCUGCUGUUGUAUUGUAUGUUCACUUCCAAUAUAAUUUCUCUGUAUGCUAAGUUGAA